UCCAGGGCAAUGGAUUAGACCUGAAGGAUAGUUUAAGUGGGCUGGGUGGCGCAGCCUGGGCUUAUCCUAUGUACUAUCCCUACGACACACUGGCUGCCUAUCCCUUCUCACACGGGUACGGCAUGGCCUUCGACGCCGCUCGCAGGAAGAACGCCACCAGAGAGACCACAGCGACGCUGAAGGCCUGGCUCAACGAACACAAGAAGAAUCCUUACCCUACCAAGGGUGAGAAGAUUAUGCUGGCUAUCAUCACUAAGAUGACUCUUACUCAGGUCUCCACGUGGUUCGCCAACGCUCGCCGGCGUCUCAAGAAGGAGAACAAGAUGACGUGGGAGCCCAGGAACAAGACGGACGACGAUGAUGAUGACGACGAUGAUAAAGAUGAUGACCCGAACGAUGGUGAGAAGGGCAAAGAAGUUGACCCGGGUGUUGACAGUCGUGGAGUGGAAGAUGGGGGGAGCGAGGGGUCGCCGCUACGACCACCCUCCCCCUCCAGCACAACAGGAGGGGGCGAGGGCCCCCAACACGCCCCUCCACCCCCGGCCUCCCCCGUCAAGCCAAGAAUCUGGUCACUAGCGGACAUGGCUUCCUCCUCGUCGUCACCCACGUCGCCGUCAUCCACCCUGGCAGGAGCUGUUGGCAAGAUGAGCGUUCACCGGCCGCUUCACCUGGAGGCGUCGCCCUACGCCCGUCCCUUGCCCAUGGCCCCACGGCUGCCCUCCCCGCAGGAGGCGCUGCUGCAGGUCUACGCGAAAUCUUUAGGCCUAGCGCCUCACCAUACUCACACCUUCGCCUCUUUACCACCCGGCUUGAACGGCUUAGGAACCCAUCUCUCUCCGCCAGGUAUGGAAGCCCCGCUACCCGCUACCCUAGGGGCUCCAACCUACACUACUGCCCCCUUACAACCUCCCACCGUCAGCAGACCCGUGGCCACACGCCCACUGCCGCCCAUAUCACCCUCUUCCCUGCAUCACACGCUCCCUGGAGGCGCUAAGAUCACGCCUGCGCCGCCCCCCGCGCACAGGCCGGAAGGUUAACCUCAUCCCCGGUACGUAGGCCUAUCCGGUUUCUUUAUUCACUAGGCCUAGUUACCCCGUCACCCUGAGGCUUGGUCAAGCUUUAACUGUUUCACAAGUUUGCUAUGUGGAGGUGGAUCUCGCCUCUGACACGUGUUUACACGUGUUGGCCAGCUACACGUGUUGGCCAGCUGCACGUGUUGGCCAGCUGCAAGUAUUGGUCACCCGCGCUUCUUGGCCACCUGAGGAUAUUGCCAACUGUGUAAUCAACAAAGAAAAAAAUAUCUCGUAGCAUAUCAGUUGUAGUGACAAUUUAUAGUUGACGCAGUGGACGUCAUUGUGGUGGUGUGGGAGGCACGUCGUUGGCUGGCCGGAGACGGGAGUAUCUCUUGGACACUUGACACUUGUGAGGAGGGAGGGGGGCCGAGCACAAACCAUUUUUUUUUUCAUCAAAAAAAGAGAAAAUUAGCAGGCCAUGAGAGUUGAGAAACUUAAUGGUAUUCAGACAGGUCAAGACGUCUCACGGACGCUGCUAGCACCAGUGCCAAAGAAACAGCACUAGUGAAGGUGCCAGUGCAACAGAGCGCCAGUGAAAUGUGUAGCAAAGGUUCCCUGCCUCCGGUGAUGCACCAGUGAACUCUAAAACUCAACGUCAGGCUAAAUUUUAAUCGAACUCAGUGUUUCACAGAACACCAGACGAAGCUUCGCCACUCUCUCUCCCCCCACCUGGCGACAGCUCCCUCAACCCUGGCUGUGGUCCGCCUGUCAUAACGUUCAACCACUCAGUAUAGUCUAUAAAUCUACUUCUAUCUGCCAAAGUUACCACACACACACACACACACACACACACACACACACACACACACACACACACACGCUCCCAUGUGUUUCCCUAGUGUUACUGUCCUUCCUUCAAUCAAUAUACGAGUAUUUUGUUUAUCACAGCAAAACAUCGUUCCUCUGUAUAAGAGUUAAAAACAAAAAGGCUGACGAUGUUUACCAAACAUUGGAGCAUCAGGCAAUGUUGUCUGUAUGUGUGUGUGUCAACAUCGUACUUUCAUGUCUUGGAAGAUUGUUCAAAUGUAAACAAAAAAAAAAAAAAAAAAAAAAAGGAAUAGAGAUGUCUUUUAAUCAUGUUUAACGGUAAUAUUCAUAAUAACAGAGUUUACAGAAAUGUUAAUUUGUGUGUACUGGCUCCGUUGUGUCAACUGGUGUUUCAGCUGUACCACGAACAUCGGGGUAGCAACCCGCUGUGUACAUACCUCGUAAACAUGACAACAGAAAACGGUAUUUACUAACAAGACGUAUCUUCGGGUACGUUAGGUAACCUCAUGUUUACAUGAUAUGCUAGAAAAAUCACUAUUAACUAAGACUCUCCAUCAAUCGUAUCAUCUGGUCUUUCCUGCUUGAGAGGACUCAGACGCAUGUGCAACAUCUGGGUAAUUUUUAUUAAACGUGUCGCCAACCAGUGGCUCUUUCAGUGAUGGUCUCCCGUCGGAAUCGCCAGAUUCGUAACAUUAUCACCUCCAUACGCUAACCGCGGAGGCUGUCACGCUUGAUCCGAGGAAUGGGAGGGUGGCUCUCAUUCUUUAGAUCAAGAACUUCCUCCCCCAAGCAGAAAGAAAGAAGAAACACAAUCUUGAAGCCACUGACCACGACUUAACGAUCCUUCAAUAGUGAUUUUUCUCUCGUAUACAACAACGUUACUACAAAAAUUUAUACUUACACAGCAAAUUAAGUUGGAAAAACAAAAGGUCACCUCCUAUUGUAAAUACCACUUUUUCAUUAUCAAUCUUCUUGACUUACCUUUGCCAUCUUGAAUAUAAACACUGUCAGCUCCUACCAAGAAGAGAAAAAUGUAAUCAGGAGUUACAUUAUUACCUCAGCAUGUUUUUAUUUUUAUUGUAAAUGUUAUGUUAAUAUCAAAUUAUUGUUUAGGAUUAAAGAUCAUGUCUCGUUACGGC